AUGUCCACACAAUGCAACCGCUUCGUGCAGAACGCCUGGAAGAAGGAACUCUGUUCGAACUGCUUCAAAUCGAGGGAAGAGCACACGCUGCCAGAGGAGAGCCUUCGAUUGAACAUCGGCAGGGCGAUCAACUAUGUCAAGACUGAUAAUCUUAAGAUACAGGGUAUCCUGCGCGGAAGGGCGUAUCAGAAGGACCAUAAGAAGAAGAACGUCGCGUUCACGGAUUGUCUGACGGAGAUAAUCGGGUAUGGCGGCGAUGACUACCUGUCCGAGGGUGAGGAGGAUGACGAGCAAGACUUGGCCGAGUCGUUGAAUGGGGAAGACGACACGCUGCCAGACAGCGAGGAGGAACGAGCUCUGGGCAACCUGACACGUGCCAAUACAAACUUUAACACGAUCACCGCCAACCUGACGGAGAUCGUCUCCGCGAACGAGACGAGCAAGUCGUCGACGGCGACGAGAUCGUUUGCCUCCCUCAUGCUGGGAAGAAUACAAAAGGACUCCGAGGGGAAGAAGACCACUUUGUUAGUCUCGGUCACCCCGUUUGGCGGCGAUGAAUCUGUGCCAACAGCCAAGAGGCCGACCGAUAAAAAGGUGAAUGGAUUCGUGAACGGAUUCGCCAAUCUCACGAAAUGCAAGGCUACGGAGAGUAAUGAUAAAUCGGAGACGACGCCAAAGGGCGCGAAGAAGACGGACGCGGAGUCGAAGAGGGAGGACAAGAGGGAGCAGAAGUACCCGUCAGGCAUGGAGAGGAUCGUGGACAUGCCCCUGAUCACGUCGAACAAUUUAAUUUCUGUCACCCAACGGAACGAGUCGACGGAGUCUGACGACGCGAAGGAUAAGACGUCCGAGGCUAACGCGCCGAACACCGAGAGGAGUUUCGACGCCGGGAAAUCGGACAAGAAGGCUGUCAAUAUUUCACGUAGCCCGGCGAUCAAGAAGCCGGACAACGAGAGAGCCAAGCUACCCGCUCAGAACGCCACCAAGAUCGAGUACGACUUCACCGGGAAAAUUAUGAAAAAGACAGUCGAGAUCGUUCGAGCGGAGGACAACGACUCUUUGGACAAGGGGAUCGAGUUGACUCUGUCUCCCCUGAAAAACGACGCCGAGGAAGCGGCGGAGAGCGACAGGUCCGUGUUACCACGAGGAAGAGACACGAAUAAGAUAGCAGUGCCGGCUAGCGAGGGUAGAAAAAUGGCCAACGAGGACUACUUAUUGCUGGAGGUACGCAAAGUGGAUACAAACGAGAUUGGUUCGAACGAGAAGAGAUUCACCUUCGAGGAGAGCAGAGAGUUGGCCGGAGAACCGGAUGGAAAAGCGGACGAGGGAGAUUUGACGGAGCCUCCUGCGCUUCCUAAGAGUCCACCGCCUGUGGAAGUUAGGCCUGCUGCUCAGAGCGACGUGAACAAAGUGGCGAUUGUUAAUAUGGAGCCUAGACCGUCGUUUCUGCACGGAGCUGUUCACUCGGAGUCGAAGGUGAAACCUGUGGUGCCUCAGAAGCCGACGAAUUUCAUGGGGAAAGGUGGGUCUGGUCUGGUGCCUGAUGGAAAUGGGAAGAAGGGUUACUUGGGGUCUUCUUCCGCGGUGCAGAAUGCUGUGGGCAGGUCUGUUCAAAGUGCAGGUGCGACCAGCGUCCCAUCUCCGGAACAAACACCUCCACCUCGACCGAUCGUCGCCAAAGAUAAGUCUGAAGAGCAACUCGUCACUUCGUCACCGCCAGAGACUCGCGAAACUUCCGUCAACAGCACUAAAGAGGCGGACCAGCGAGGAAAUCAGAUUUCACGAUCGCAGAACAACCCAAAACCGACCUGCCAAAGUAUCGAGUUCAAGUCACCUGCAACUGAAACCUGCGUAUCGAAGAUAUCACCAGGAAUCAAGUCGAAGUCCCCUUCGAACCUUCCAAGGAACCAAACCGCAGACUCUUCGGAUAACAACGAGAACCCAGAACUGGAAGAAGAGAUUCUAGAUCUUCAAGGUUCCACGGCUGAGUCGAUAAGGUCGCCGAACAAGAGAAGAAUGGCUCCCAAGCCACCAGCUUCCGAAUCCGUGGAGGAAUUAGCUCCGACGUCGUCUCUGUUCGCCAGGAAUCCCGGAGCGAAUUUCAAAUCGGACUCUCCGGUGGUCCGGGAGAAGGAGAAGCGAGAAAGAGCGUCUUCUUGCAGUCCGAAGUUCAGAAAAGCAGUCUCCGAUCUGCCGGAUCCUACGAGCUCUCAAUCCUCGGAUCCAGCGUCGAGGAGAACGAUAUCCUUGUCGCAGGACAGCUUGACGAGCGGUCCGGAGGUGAGAGAGGAGAAGAAAAGGGGCAGAUCGCGAUUCUCCCUCAAGAGAUUCCUGAGAAUGGGCUCGAGGAAGGACGUGGACAUGAUCGGCGGAUCUAAUGGUAGAACAGACGAGAUCCCAUCGACGCCGCAGCCCAAGCCAAGGUUGGAGAUCAUUCAUCCGUUGGAGCUGGAUGGCGCUGCGGUCGAAGUGGUGGGGAACGAUCGGAUCAGCAGGAUAACCGAAGACCAACCCGACUCCUGCGGCCCCAGAAACGACGCUGUAAGAGCAACCCGAUCGCCGUUGUCCGCUGGACCUCAUGCUGCCGUAAGACCCGGAAAACCACCACCACCGCCACGGAACCAGUCCCUGGAGGAUUGGUCGAGGCUGGAUCCAGCGAGCAAACCGGUCAGACCACCGCCGCCGCGCGUCGAGACGAAACAACUGCCUCCAAGAACCGACAAGUCAUCCUCGAAAUCAACGUCGUCGACCACCUCCUCUACGUCGUCGUCGUCGUCGUCAACGUCCUCCACCUCCUCCUCCUCGUCGUCGUCGUCGUCGUCAUCAUCCUGGCAGCCUGCAGCCUCGACCACCUCAGACUCGAUUUACGCGAAUCUGGCAGCGGAGGAUGUUACAGGUGAGGUGCGCAGCUCGUUGGCACCCUCGAAACCGCAAAGAACAGCCAGCAUGAGGGACCAAGCGACCUCGCAGCCGAUCCUCAAGAAACACGGUUCUUCCAGUCCAGCCCUUAAUCAGGAUUACGAGGCCGUGGCGGUUACCGCGCCACCCACGUCCGAUUCUCUGACGUCUAACGACAGUCAUGUUUACGAGUGCCUUUCCAGCUCGCCGGAGUGCGACUCGAAUCUUGAGCUACGACACGGCGCCGGAAUUCAUCUCACCUGCAAGAGGAAAUCCGACAGCAGCGCGAUGGAGCCCGGUGCGGAAUUCAAAUUUCAUCAUCAGACGUUCGUCAGAUCGACCUCGCUACCGUAUUGCGGCAGCGAGACCGAGAGCGAGCUCUACGCGCCGUAUGGUUUUUACACCGGCGAUGAGGGCCCGGAGGAGGAUCAGGACUGGAAGAAUAAGGACGACGAAUUAAGGAUAAGCCGAUUGAGGCAACGAAGGGGACGCAGUAUAGUUCAUCGGAGCCUCGAGGAUAAUUACGGCGCGGUGGUCGUCGCGAAUCACGAGGCACUCGCACAGUUUCUCGACCAGCUGAACCAAACGCCUCAAGUGCCGUCGGGUUUGCGAGCGCUGAAAAAUACGAACCCGCGUAUAAGCCACUUCAACAUCGACGCCAAUACGUCGAUCAGCGUCGGCAGGCGAAUAUUUUGCCCGGCGACGUGGAACGAGCUGAACGUCACGUUGUGCGUCGCCUUCGAUCUGGCCACACACGUGUCAAGGAAAGAAUUUUAUUUGGCACCUGUAAUAGAGUUUAUAGACAGCCUACCCAAGGAAAUUACCGACAAGGCUCCUCUGCCUGGCAAUAAGCAACUCGAAGUGACCAUUUCCGUGUUACCACGUCUGCAAGUGAACACCAUGCAAUCGUUCGGAGCUUCGACCAAGGAUUUACACGACGAGGGAACGGUGAGAGAGGCUUCGUUCGUGUUGCUUCAGUUCGUCACAGCGUUGAAGAGCCUUCAGGCGCGAGGAAUCGAAGAAUCCGCCAGGAGUCUGAACAACGUGGUGCUGUGUAGAGAGGACAAGGACGCCUACUACAGGCUCUAUCUGCUUCAGGGAUUGAACGUGGAGACGAACGAGGAGAGAGACGAAGAGAGAGUCUCGUUGUGCCAGUGUGCUCUUGUAGCACUUCAACAGCUGAAUCUUGCCUGCAGGUUACCUUUGAUUCAGGAACUGCUGAUGAGAGAGAAGGCUGUCACUUUGUCUCAGGUGAAAUCCGUUCUGGAAUUUUCUCUGUGGGGUCCCGCGGACGUGACACUCGGUGGACCACGAGAAAGAGAGAUUACCCUCCAAAGAUGGCUCGAUCUCGAGAGGGCGAACGUUCUUCACGCAUUGGUGAGGACGAGAGCUCCCCUCACAGUCACGGACGAAUACCAAUUGCUAUUCUUGGUUCGAACCAGCGCGAAAAUCAUGGGAGAGGCUUCGUUGCUUCUCGACGAGCAACGAAAUCGUCUACUAAAAUCUCGUUAA